UUAUGAAUAAAUCACAGAAUAAAUAUUUAUCAAAUCAAAUUGUAAUUGUACUGUUGUACAUACAUCAUAAUAAUCAUUGUUAUAAUAACAUGGGUAUUGUACAUUAAUAGGAUAUAUGCGAUUAAUUAAAAUCCAAUAUUAAGUUUAAACUAGUAACUAAAGUCAGCUAAUAAAAUAAGAAAUAAGGGGUAUGUCGACGUCUUUUAGGAUGAUUAGCAGGCAAAUUGCGCCUCGUCUAUAUAAAAUGGGAAAACGUAAACUGAGUGAUUAUGCAGGUUUUAGCAAAUGUUUAAAUGAAGCAAAAAAUGUAGCUGUUUUAACAGGUGCUGGAGUGUCUGCAGAAUCAGGAAUACCCGUUUUCCGAGGGGCUGGUGGCUUUUGGAGAACCCACAGAUCUCAAGAUCUAGCCACUCCACAAGCUUUUGCUGCUAAUCCUGCUUUGGUUUGGGAGUUUUAUCACUACAGAAGAAAUAUUGCUUUCAAUUCAAUUCCAAAUAAUGCUCACAAAGCAUUGGCACUAUUUGAGAAAAAGUGUUCUGAAGAAGGAAAAGAAUUUCAUAUAAUUACUCAGAACGUGGAUGGUUUGCACCAAAAGGCUGGCUCAAAAAAUGUUAUAGAACUUCAUGGAGCUUUACAUAAAGUUAAAUGCACAAAUCCCAAGUGUAGAUUUAUAGAUGAAAAUUAUGAUAAUCCCAUUUGUGAAGUUUUUAGAGAUAGAGGUGAUCCUGCUGCUGAUGACUACAAUCUACCCAUAAUAGACAAAAAAGAUUUGCCCAAAUGUAAAAAGUGUCAGAAACUGGUAAGACCAUACAUUGUGUGGUUUGGAGAAAACCUAGAUCUGAAAAUUAUGCAAACUGCAAAAAGUGUUAUAGAAGCUUGUGACAUCUGUUUGGUGAUUGGUACUUCUUCAGUGGUCUACCCAGCUGCAAUGUUUGCUCCUAGAGUACUUGAAAGGGGUAUGCCAGUAGCAGAAUUCAACCUAAAUGAAGAGCCAGCUGAUGAAAUGUUUACUUUCCAUUUUCCAGGCAAAUGUGGGUCUACAUUACCCAAAGCUCUAGAAAUUGAUUUAGAAUGAUAGCUUGUUCUGUUAUAUAAUUUAUUUUGUUAUAUUUACUGUAAAUUGAUUUUAAAA